CAACUCUCAGUGUUUCAACUCUUUUCUUUUCAAUUUUACUUGUCCAUUACCCAAGAAACAACCAUGGAACGGUUUGACAUUGCAGUUGUUGGCCUUGGUGCCCUUGGAAGCGCAGCAGCAUACCAAGCAGCCAUCAAAGGUUCUAAAGUCAUUGGCUUCGAACAAUUCGAGUUCGGUCACGUACGCGGAGCAUCACAUGACACUUCACGGAUUAUCAGGACCUCAUACGGCUCCCCUGAGUUUGUUUCACUCGCAAGAUCGGCGUACAAAGACUGGGCAGACUUGGAAAAGCGAUCUGGUCUACAGCUGCUGAACAUAACCGGCGGCGUUGUAUUCCUUCCCAGGGGAGGGCCAACUCCCUCCAGCGACUUUACAAAAAGCUUAGACGCCAAUGGUGUUCCUUACGAGCUUCUUGAUUCAAAGGAAGUCAAUCGACGCUGGCCCGGGUUCAAGAUUCCCGAUGAAAUUGAUGCCGUGUACACGGCAGAUACUGGUAUCGCUCAUGCCUCCAAAUCGGUCACUACUAUGCAAUACCAAGCUCGCGCCAAUGGGGCUGUCUUGAGAGAGAAGACUCGAGUGGACAGAGUGACCCCGGAUGGCGACUGCGUGGUCAUCGAAACGUCCAAUGGUCGAGUCCGAGCUGGCAAAGUGAUCCUUGCGGCCGACGCCUGGAUAAACAAGCUUCUUGGACCUCUUGGUGCUGAGAUCCCGCUGUCAGUCAUGCAGGAGCAAAUCACCUACUUCAAGCCGACAGACUCAGCUCGUUUCGACUCUGAGCGGUUCCCCGUGUGGAUAUGGGGCGGCGAGAAAUGGUUCUAUGGAUUUCCGACCUAUGGGGAGCCAACCAUCAAGGCAGGCCAGGAUGCCCAACAGAAUAUUAUGGCCCCCGACCAUCGUACAUUUGUUCACUCGCCGGAGCUGCUCAAGACGCUGACGGGUUUCAUGGACACUAUCAUACCCGACCAUGGUCAGGCCCUGCGUACAGUAACCUGUCAGUACGCCAUCACGCCGGAUCGCCAGUUUAUCAUAGGAUCAUUGGAAAAGCACCCAGACAUUAUUAUAGCUCUGGGUAAUGGACACGCAUUCAAGUUCGCUCCUGCUAUCGGUCGAGUGGUGGCAGAGCUCGCAAUUGACGGGGAGACGAGUGAUGAUAUCUCCAAAUUUCCCGUGCCGAGUCCAGCCGGCUCUAGCAAACUAUAAUUGAAUGGUAGUGUAUGAUCCAGGUCUGUGAAGCGGAUGGCUGAUAUGUCAGGAGACACCCUUCAGGGCAGCCCCGAGAUUAUGAUAGCUAGGUAGAUAGUAACGCAUAUGUUUCCCCA